AUGAGCAAUGAAUAUGAAAAGUGCAAACGCCUUUUCCGUGGGACUUUUCAUAAACUUGUCAACAAUAGGAUCGGAUUCUUGCGACACUCCUUCGGUCACCUCAUUCGCCACGUGAUAAACGACGGCGAGAUGGUGGGCAUUGUUAGGUUUUACAAGCAAUGUGACGUUCUACAGCCUCUCAAAGAGGUGAAAGAUAAGGCUACACGGGAAGCUUUUGCUAAGAAGGUGGAACGAUUUUCCCUCAAAUUCUACACUUCCAUCGGCUGCGGUCUUCAAUUGGGCAUCAAGGUGCUGGAGUCCCACGGCACGUUGGCAAGCGGUGGCACGCUUAUUCUUAUAUCAGAUGGGAUCGAGAAUGGGACACCAUUGAUCGCCAAUGUACUCCCAAUGGUGCUUGCUAAAGGUGUCAUCGUCCACACCUUUGCUAUUGGCCCAACGGCAGAUGCAAAGCUACAAAAUGUGGCGCUCCAAACGGGCGGAACGGCCUACUUCUUUGCAGACAACCAAAAGAACAUCAUCGCUUCGAUGGGGAUUUCCUUCGUCUUGUCCACCACGUCACACCUUGAAGACAGCCAGAAGCCCGUUUUUCUGGUGGAAACUACCGAAGACUUGGACAACAAAACGCCAGAAAAAAGAAUCGCCUUCCCGAUACCUGAAGAACUUGGCAAAGACACCAGGGUGACGGUUUCCACCACCAAAAAGCAAGCCUUUAACGUCUACGUUCUGGAUCCGACAGGAAAGAAAUGCAACCAAGAGUGUUCGACUACCCGUUUGGGAGACCUUAUAGUUGAAGUGACGAUUCCUGAAACCAAAAAGACCGAAACGUGGACGGUUAUACUGGAGAAAAAGAGCGAGCCCGUUAAGAACCUAAGCGUCGUGGUGAUGACAAAGCAGCGACGUCACGAGGACGCCAUCAGAACCGAGAGUUGCAUCCGACACGUCGAAAGCACCAACAUGAUUGUGAUCUACAGCAGAGUCACCAAGGGUGGCGCCCGAGUUUUGAAGGCCAAUGUCACUGCCACCAUCACUCUGCCCGAAAAGGAUAAGACGGUAUUUUUGCCACUACACGACAGCGGCAAAGGCGCGGACCUGAAAGCAGACGACGGCGAGUACGCGGCGUACUUCACCCAGUACCGUAGCAAAGGAAGGUACAGCGUGAGGACCGACGUGACGCUGGACACAAGCGCUGUACUGACGAUCUCGAAGCCUGAGAAACAUACGCCUCCUCUUGGCAGAUGGAAAGCUGCGAAGUCGAUAAUGGAGCCUGGCAAGAUAUGCUCAUCAUCAGAAGCAUCUACCGAGUGCAAGGAGCGAAUUAUCAGCAAAGUGAUGAAAUUUAGGCCUCUUUUUCGUGAUCGUUCGAAGGACCAAAGUUCUCCGGAUGACGCUAGGAUAAAGAUGGUAGCCUACGCUGGCGCUUUUCAAAUGAGGACACAAAGUGACCCCAAGGACCUGCCCCCCGAUCGGGUUCGCGACUUGGCGGUUAAGGACGUCAACAGGACCUCCGGCGACGUCACCGUCACGAUCUCUUGGACAUCCACCGGUGCUAACCUGGACGCCGGCAAAGCAACUUCUCUGGACCUGAGAUCAAGCUUGGAUUUACGUGAGCUCAUCUACAACUUCCAGGAAGCAAAGCAGUUAACAACAAAUAGCGUUCUGGAAGGCUCUCUGACCCCAGAAGACCCAUACCGGUAA